GCAUGGCUUGGAUGACGGUGAACUGUUGCCGUGUGUGCGCUCGCAAGCACGACGAUUUAAUAUCAAUCUUCAGUGAGGAAGGGAGAUGCCGGCAGCUGAUCCUUAAACUACAGUUCUGCCUUCGUAUAACAGUUUCUACCAGUGACGAUCUACCAACUUCAUUGUGCUGGAAGUGUGUAGCAAGAUUGGAAGUGUGUUACGAGUUUAUGCAAGACCAUUUUAUCGCAGAAAACCAGUUCCGAAACCAACGGAUCCAAUACAGCGUCAACCCAACAACAUGUGCCACGCCUGAAGACGGCAUGUAUUACGCUGAUACAGCAGACGUGAAGCUAUUGGAACCAAUGGUUAUGGACGAGCGGCCAGAGAAGAGCAAGCCAUGGUUUCCCGCAAAUCUGGACAUAAGUUCGAGAGCGGAUAACAAACAUGUGGGGCACCUGAGACUCUGCAAGUGCGUGAAAUGCACGCUGAGUCGCUACGGCAGCCUGCCCCUGGAGGACACGCUGGAGGAGAGCGACAGUGCGCCAUCGAGUAGCCCUUUGAGCCAGGCCGCGCAGACGCCGCCCCCGCAACCCAGCUCCACUGUCGAAGACGAGCAAAAGGUGCCAGUCUCGAGUCCGCUGCAGGGCACGACGCACAAGAAGGGCCUCAUCUGUGACUUCUGCAGCAAGUCCUUCAACCACGCCGGUGACCUCAAGAAACACCGGCGUACGCAUACUGGCGAGCGGCCUUAUGCCUGCCCUGUGUGCAACAAACGUUUCUCACAUACUAGCAAUUUGCUACGCCACCGCAAGAUCCACUCCGGAGAAAAGCCCUACACGUGCCCUCACUGUCCCAAGACAUUCGGGCGCAGUGACAAAAUGCUGGGACACGUGAAGACCGCACAUGCCAGUGCGCGCCCAAGCACCUCCGAGAGUUCUACGUGACGAUUAAUUGCCGUCGAAAGUUAUUAAUUUUACGUAUUUACAUUAUCUGAUGGCUGUGAUCAUUUUUUUACGUGCUUGCCAAAUGUGAAAGGAAAACUGAUUUCGAAGAAAUCUCUUACAUACCUCAAGAUGUGCCAUUUCGAAGAGUUACUUGAACAUGAGCACACACGAUAUAAAUGUGUGUGAAAACAUGGUACCUUAAAAGUGUAAGAACAAAACUUUUAAUACAGUACUACAGUCAUUUAUUGUAGGAGAAUAAAGUGAGAUCUCAGAUGUAGAGAUCAGUGCCCUACAAGUAGUCAUGUACAUUCAAUUAAAGCUGUACCUGACACAAAUUCCAUGCACUUUCUUCUUUGUUUUCGGAACUUCUGUUAGUUGCUUCUACCCUGUCAAAAAGCUAUUUGUACUCAUUUAACUACAUAAUUUACAAACUUUGUAAUAUGCUCUCAAAUUGUGUGUCUGGGGUUACAAAUUCCAGUUGUCAAUCAGUCAUUAGACGUCAUUACUACAGAAUCACUAGCAAUAUAAGUACCGUAGUAUAGAGUAUACCAAUGAUAGAUUUGAUGUAUGUUAUGCAUAUUCAUGGGUUUGUGCAAAAACCACCUAAGGAGGGCAGCCAUGAGUUAUGGCAUUUGUUUAUCCGAAGUUGGUAACUUGAAUCUGCUGCAGUUGAGUGUAAAACCAUUUAGUAUCAUUCUAAAAAAAAUCUAUUGUCAUUAAUUAUCAGAGCACAAUUGGUUUGGAUGCAGUAUCUGUAAAACUUAAUGUCAUUUCUGUACUGAUACACAGUGAGUGUGUGUUAUUUCUGCAUUAGUACAGAGCUAGUCAGAUUAAUGGCACUGCAGAUGCAGAUCUACUGCAGAAUAGAAAAUAUUUAUUAAAAUGUGUUGCUAACCAUUUCCAUGAAACUGCAGUGAGAACAAUUAACUAUCUAGUCUGAUGUUUAAGCAGAGAGAUAUCUGCAGUAAUGCAGAGAUUCUAUGUCCUAGGAAAAAUAUGUUAUAUUAUUAAAAAAGUUUACUACUAAGAUGUCUUUCACAGAUAUAGUAUUUAUUAUAUUGUUAGCAUGAAGUACAGUUGCAAUGUACUUAUUGUGGCAUCAUCAAAUAAGUACAGAAAAUGUGUUUGAAAAGUAAAUGACUUGCAUAUAGCAUCUGGUCUGUGCCAAAGAUCUGAUUGCAAUAUGAAUUAUACUGCAGUCUUCAAAAACUUGUGUCCAAAAGCUUAUGUAUCAAGACUGCAUUUUAUUACUGCAAAAACAGGUUCCUAAAUGACUGAAUUUCAUACUUACAAUUUUACAGUUCUCUGAGGCUGGCUUCUGUAUUGUACACACAAAGUGCCUGAAUGGAAAUUUAUUUAUAGAGGAGUAGUGUUCCAUUAAAGGUCAAAUUAUAGUGAUGUUUAAUUUAUGUACUGUUACAGAUUUCAAAAUGUCAGUGGUGCUUUAUGUGAAUAAUGAGAGCUUUAAAAUGAGAUUGAAGAAGAAUGAACUGUUAUUUUAAACAAGUAUUCUGUAAAUACCUGAUGUGCACCAGUAUGAUGAACUUAAUUUAAUACAAAAAGUUACAAAUUAUAA